GGUGUGUCAGCUGAUCCGCUCACAUGAUCUAGAGGAUUCAUCACUGAACCUCAUCUUGUCCGUUUUACAUUAUCCUUUUAAUCUGAUAAAUCACCAAUGGCUGGCCGUGGAAAGCUCAUUGCCGUUAUCGGUGAUGAAGACACUUGCACCGGGUUCCUACUCGGAGGCAUCGGUGAACUCAACAAGAAUCGCAAACCUAAUUUUCUGGUGGUGGAGAAGGACACUAGCAUCACGGAGAUUGAGGAGACGUUCAAGAGUUUCUUAACUCGUAAUGACAUAGGAAUCAUCCUGAUCAACCAGUUUAUUGCGGAGAUGAUUCGCCAUGCCAUAGAUGCUCACAUGCAGUCCAUCCCAGCUGUUCUGGAAAUCCCAUCAAAAGAGCACCCCUAUGAUGCGUCCAAGGACUCCAUCCUGCGCAGGGCCAAGGGCAUGUUUUCUGCCGAGGACUUCCGAUGAACACAGCUCUGUAUUUAAUGUGUCCUUUAUGUAAAUAAUAAGUGGAUGUUUCAUGAAGAGUUAGUAUUGUGAUUUACCUUUCUUCACUCUUUUGUGAUGUCUUAAUGAAGUCGGCCUAUGUGAGAUAGUGACUGGAAAAAUAUGUGUUAAAAUAUAAUUGUUCUGUGGAUUUAAUUAUUAACUUAAACCAUUCAGCUGUUGAUACAGGUAAUAAAUUAUAAUGUCUGAU